ACGGUUUUGUUGAUCCACUUUUUCUAUGGGCAGUUUCGGCAUUUUCAGCACUACUUCCAGCCGCAGUAUCAACGAUGGAUCGUGCGUAUCCUUCUAAUGGUCCCAGUCUACGCCUUCGCCUCCUGCCUCUCCUUCCGGUUCUACUGGUACACGCCUUACAUCGAAGUCGUGCGGGACUCCUACGAGGCCUUCGUGCUCUACAGCUUCUACACGUUACUCUUGAACUACCUCGGCCCGAACCUGGACGCACAGCAUGCGCGGAUGCAGGGGAAGAGACCGAUGAAGUAUCCGGUGCCGUUUUGUUGUUUUUGGUAUAAUCCGGCGGGGUAUGCGUUCUUGUUGAAUACGAGGUGGUUGGUGUUGCAGUAUGUUGUUGUUAGACCGCUAACGACCAUCCUGGCGAUGAUCAUGUCCCAAUUUGGGGUUCUGUGCCCCAACUCGGGCUCACCAGCACACGGAGAGUUCUGGAUAACAUACGCCAACAUGAUCAGUAGCACGUUCGCCAUGUAUGGGCUGUUCACGUUCUACAUCGUCAUCAAAGACGACGUGCAGGAAUGGCGACCUUUAUGGAAGAUCAUAGCCGUAAAAUUCAUAGUUUUCUUCACCUUCUGGCAAGGCCUCGUCCUCGACGGUCUCAUCUCCCUCGGGUAUCUCAAAUCCACCAGCAUCUACUACGACACCGAAGACGAAGCGGACAUGAUCAAAUCCUUCCUCGUCUGCAUCGAGAUGCUCGUCGCCGCCGCGCUGCACAUCAAGGCGUUCCCGUAUACCGAGUUC